CCAGAAUUACAAAUUUACUGAAGAAAAAAACCUUUAAAACUUAUAUAAUGAUAAAUUAUUUUUCUCUUCUUUUUUUUUCCCGAACCGGUCUUUGCACUACAAAGUAUUCCCAUUCAAAAAAAAGCAAACCGCACAUACAUGUGCAAUGAAAUUUUAUGACUCAAAAACGAUAAUACGACAUUAAGAAAAUAUAUGCUAUAAUAUAUUGUAGCAUCAGCUUUUCUAGAAUAAAUGUCCUAUUUCACCUUGAAUGACAUUGGUUCUCCGGAGAAAAUAAAUCGAUAUCAAUGCUGGCAGGAACUCAGGUUUGAUGAUGAUUUUCACAUUAACAGAAUAAAGUGAAAGGAAACAUACGAUGACAGAGGAGGGUAGCUUUCCUCACGACGAUCCCCAGAAGAGGGGUUCUCUUAAUUAUAUCUUUAUAAUCAUGAUUACUGUCAAAAUAUUUGUACGAAGAAAUGUGAUUCAGAGUCUCACUGAUAACAAUACCAGAGAAAGGUGAACAUAUCGUAUGUUUCGAACAUCUCUGUGCAAAUCCUACAGAUAUAUGCCGUCCAUUUUAUGAUAAAAAUAAAGUUUCGUGGUUUAUUUUUAAUGUGGAGUGGGAUUGCUAAAACUCACCCUCGUCGUGCCCUUGGAAACAGUAACUGAGUACGACCGUUCGGACAUCCGAUUUUAGUGACUUCCGCUGUGUUAAAACACUACUGUUUUGUUUGUGUGGAGAACUUUAUGGAGUAACCGAUUUGAUGUAAUAAAGUGAAUCAGAAUGGACAUCUCAGGCCAGCCGGAUUCCUCCAUCGCUCCAGAUGAGAAUACAGUCAACACGAACCCCCCAACACACCCGUCACGCGCGGAUAAAGUCGACUCCAAACCCAAACGCACAUCCUCCAGCAACUCGGACAGAGAAAGCCUGGUUUUUACAAAUAGGAGUGAAUCCACUAGAAGCGCUGAACAUCCCAGUGUUAAGUACACUCGACGCAAAGAAUCUGGACAAAGUUCCUUCUUACGCGGCAAAACGAGCCUUAAAAAUUCUAGCUUCAGCCAGAGUCCAGGAAGUGAUGCUUUGCGCAAAAGUUUACGACGCAUGCGCAGUUCCAGUCUUAGUUACCCUCAUCAUGACUCCAUAGUGUCUGCUUUUAUUGAAAAACACGAUCUACCGUCUUUUGUUGACCAAAAACAAGUUCCCUGGUGGACGUCUUGGCGAGUUCGUUUUUCCGGUCUCUGUUUUGUGGGUUUCUUCUUUCUGUAUGCCCAAAGAGUCAACCUCAGCAUCGCUAUCGUCUGUAUGAUCAAGACAGAGCUCUCGGCACCGGAAAUCAAGUAUCACUCAAAUGCCACCAAUGUCUCUGUCUCCGGGACGCUUCCUCAGAACGUCACAGCAGGAUAUGAACAAGGUUUCUUAAAUCAGACCAGCGCUCCAGGGGGUUCAUCUAUUGUGACCAAAACAUGCCCAGAGCCGUCGGAUUCUCAGAACUUGGAGGGUGAGUUUACGUGGGACAAAUCUCUUCAAGGGGGAAUUCUUGGAGCUUUCUUCUGGGGAUAUACGGUGAUGCAGAUUCCCUCGGGUGUCCUCUCGGAACGCUUCGGUCCUCGCUAUAUGAUUUUUACAGGAAUGUUGAUUGUUUCUAUUUUGACCAUCUUGUCUCCAUUUCUUGCCCGUGGAAGUCCUUAUUUACUUAUAGGUACACGUGCACUCUUAGGAAUAGGAGAGGCAACGAUGUAUCCAGGAGCACAGGUUUUUUGGUCCAAAUGGUCGCCUCCGCAUGAAAGAAGCCGACUUGUAGCCUUUGCGUUUGGAGGCUCUCAGCUUGGAAAUGCACUGGCCUUUCCUAUAUCCAGUCUUCUCUGUGAAUAUGGCGGCUGGCCGUCAAUCUUUUUUUUCUUAGGAUCCUGCUCGUUGGUUUGGACGCUGCUUUGGGGGUUCUUCGCCAGGAACAGCCCCGGGGAGAUGCCAAAUAUUACAGAUGUUGAAAAAAAGUAUAUCGAACAUUCACUUGGAAAAGAUAGACUUCCGGAGCAAGUUGAUCUACGGAAAAAGAGCAAGCCAUGGAAAUCUUUUUUGACGUCACUUCCAGUUUGGGCUAUUCUUGUUGCCAACGCCGCUGGUAACUACGGUGCCUACAUGCUCUUGACUCAGAUGCCGACGUACUUAAAGGAAGUUCUCAAAUUCGACAUUAAGUCUAAUGGUCUUUAUUCUAUGAUACCGUACCUGGCAUUCUGGCUGAUUAUUAUUUUGGCGGGAAUUUUUGCUGACGCUCUUAUUUCAAAUGAAAUACUCAGCAUCAAAUGGACAAGAAAGCUGUUUUGUGCAAUAGGGCACUUUGUACCCGCGGCUUUUCUGAUUGGUUUGGGUUACAUGACGUGUUUCCAACAAGAAGGCGCCAUUGCGCUCUUGUCGCUGUCUAUGGCCUUCUGUGGCUUUCAAUUUCCCUCCGUAUUUGUCAACCAUGGUGAUAUCGCUCCAAAUUAUGCAGGAACUAUUUUUGGAAUCACCAACACUGGAGCAAGUAUCCCAGGGAUCAUUGCGCCAUAUGUGGUGGCAUCUAUCACUGUCAACAAAACUCAAGAAGAAUGGCUUGUAGCGUUUUAUAUUGCCGCUGUAAUCUACUGUCUGGGGGCCAUUUUCUUUCUCAUCUUCUCUGAUGGAGAAAUUCAAGAAUGGGCCAAGGACGAAGAGGAAAUGGAGGAGGUGAUUGACUCAAUGGUCGACAAACUACCGGAAGUGGAGGAAACACCUGAAGAUGAUGACGUGUUUAAAAAUGAAAUGAAGUAGCGUUGUUUUCAUAUAUAUGUUUGAAUAUAUUUUUUUUUACCGCCCUUGGUUAAUCAAAACUUGAGGAGAAUUAUAUGUUUAGUCCUUACAUUUAGAUAGGUAUAAAUACUCAUUCUGUUCUGCUGAAUCACUCAGACAUUCUAAAUUGGUAUAAUGCACUACUCACUGUCUUAUGUUGAAUGAGAUAUUCUCAAUAGGUAUAACGCUCUCCUGAAUGAGACAUUUUAAAUAGGUAUAACGCUCUGCUGAAUGAGACAUUUUAAAUAGGUAUAACGGUCUACUGAAUGAGACAUUUUAAAUAGGUAUAACGCUCUGCUGAAUGAGACACUUUAAAUACAUGUAGGCAUGGUCUUCUACUCAGUUUUAAAUUGAAUCAGACAUUUUAAAUGUACAUGUAGGUAUAGCCCUCUACUCGCUGUUUUAAGUUGAAUGAUAUAUUUUAAAUAGGAAUAACGCUCUAUACUGAGUGAGACAUUUUAAAUGCAUGUAGGCAUAUAGCUCUCAUUGUCUUAUGCUGAAUCACACUCCGGCCUUUCGUAUACAUGUAUCAGUAGUCAAUAUUCCUUAGAAUUAAUGGAUGCAUAAAACGGAAGUACGUGACUGAGAGAGAAACGUCAAAAUUGUUGAUGAGUCUGUCGUGCAUUAAUGAAGCAAAAGAACAUUUUUACUGAUCCCCCAAAAAAUCUAAUAUCAGGUAUCGUCAUCAUCAGUAAUUUUCUGGGAGUUGAUGGGGAAAUUAGACUAGAGAAACCGUUAAAUAGGGAGAGUUGCGAAAAAGUCUCGAGAAAUCUCGCCAAGGAAUUCUUCUAAUGUUUUGAUGACACCUCAGUGCAGCUUUAUUGUGAUGCAUCAAUAUUUGUCGUGACGUUGGGUGUUGCUUUCAUCUACUUAAGGCAAGAUUCACACCGCAGAUUUCGUCGUUGUGUGGUUACAAGUAUUUCGCCGGGGGAUACCGUGUUCCAAACUGUUGACAUUUUGCGCCACGUGUUCUUCACUCAGAUACGCAACGUUUUCAAUUAAAACUUAAACACUGAAUCUCAAUUCAUAGAUAGAGUUGUGGAUGUGGAAUUUAGAACAAUUCAUGGAUAGAGUUGUGGAUGUGGAAUUUAGAACAAUUCAUAGAUAGAGUUGUGGAUGUGGAAUUUAGAACAAUUCAUGGAUAGAGUUGUGGAUGUGGAGUUUAGAACAAUUCAUAGAUAGAGUUGUGGAUGUGGAAUUUAGAACAAUUCAUAGAUAGAGUUGUGGAUGUGGAAUUUAGAACAAUUCAUGGAUAGAGUUGUGGAUGUGGAAUUUAGAACAAUUCAUAGAUAGAGUUGUGGAUGUGGAAUUUAGAACAAUUCAUAGAUAGAGUUGUGGAUGUGGAAUUUAGAACAAUUCAUAGAUAGAGUUGUGGAUGUGGAAUUUAAAACAAUUCAUAGAUAGAGUUGUGGAUGUGGAAUUUAGAACAAUUCAUAGAUAGAGUUGUGGAUGUGGAAUUUAGAACAAUUCAUGGAUAGAGUUGUGGAUGUGGAAUUUAGAACAAUUUGAUAUUUUCCCCUAGUAAACAAAAUUAAGAAAUACAGGGGAUAUAGUAGUAAACACAGCAAAUAAAAAGUCAUAUAAUUAUAGAUCUCGGAAGCACAGAUUAAGUCUGAAGGUCAUUCAGCCGCUGUCCUAAUGGCAGUAAUAGAGUGUGUGAAGGUCAUUAAAUUGCUGUCCUAAUGGCAGUAAUAGAGUGUGAAGGUCAUUGAAUUGCUGUCAUAAUGGCAGUAAUGGAGUGUGUGAAGGUCAUUAAAUCGCUGUCAUAAUGCCUGGCAGUAAUCGAGUGUCUGCAGGUCUUUAGGUCGCUGUCAUAAUGGUAGUAAUCGAGUGUGUGAAGGUCAUUAAAUCGCUGUCAUAAUGGCAGUAAUAGAGUGUGAAGGUCAUUAAAUCGCUGUCAUAAUGGCAGUAAUAGAGGGUGUGAAGGUCAUUAAAUCCCUGUCAUAAUGCCUGGCAGUAAUCGAGUGUCUGCAGGUCUUUAGGCCGCUGUCAUAAUGGUAGUAAUCGAGUGUAACGAGUUAUGGACAAUACAUAAAUAAAACUUCUACAAUUUACAGCCGAUUACAAUUACAAUUAAACGUAGACUUGAAACCAUGCACAAUAUUUCAUUGUAAUUGCAGAUAUGCAUAUUGUCAGGACAGAUGGAUCCAACUGUUUUCCUAAAAGUUAUAGUGGAUCUAAUAGGAGUGCAGGGAGUAAAAUAACACUGUACUUCUCCUAUAUGGCUUAUCGAUAAGCCUUGAAAUUUUGUACAAUACUUCAUUAUCAUAUAUUGAUGUUAACAUUGUUCUGACAAAAGAUUUAAUAAUUUUCUACAAUUUACAGUGGAUCAAAGAGGAGUGUGUAUAGCUUUUUCAUUGUACAAUGGUAUGUUCAUUUUCUUAUGGUAGCUCCACCCUCAUGGGACUUAUCAAAAUUAAUGGUUCAAAGUAGAAAAGUUGUAUUGAUUUCCACUUGAUAUAUGUUAAAGUCAAUAACCGAAGAGAAUAUAUAUGUUGCUAGAUUUUUAAAGAUGUCAGACAUACAAAAACAAAAGUUGAUAUCAACAUCAGAAAAUCGCACAUUUUCAUUAAAUAACAUAAUAAUGAUAAAUAAAAACUGGUUAAACUGACAAAAUUUCAAUUUCAAUAGUUUCAAAAAAAAGACUGCUGCCUUAUACAUACAUGCAUAUAUAUAUAUAUAUAUAUAUAUAUAUAUAUAUAUAUAUAUAUGAAUUAAUUGUGGAUAUCAAGGAAAUCAUUGCAUUAUAGACAUACAUUAGAGAAAUACCAGCAUAGGAGUUAUCGCCCUUGAUAACAUUUUUGUAAUAUAGAUAAUUGAUUAUUUAUAGAAAAUGUAAACUUUUUCAAUAUCAAAUUGUUUACCUUUUUUUUUAUAUAACCCAGUGAAUAAAAUUACUCCUAAAGAUGUAUUUCUAUCAUGGACAAAUUUUAAUGAAAUAAAGAUUUUGCAAAAACCCAUGACGUCACACGAGGGUGGAAUUACUGUAAGGCAUUGGUCUCAUCGUUGUUGAAUCUUCCCUCCAUCUUUUCCCUCAAUGCACAAAGUACAGUUUAUAAUGGCUAUGUUCUAGUUCAUGCUCUCUCCUCCAUACCAUGCAGUAAAUCAAGCGGAUGGGGUCGUAAUUUAGAGCACUCUCAAUUUGGAAAGCUAGGGACACAUUUAUUUUUAACUAAAACAAAUCACAAUUUUUCUAGAUUUCAUUUCUCUUGGCACUAGUGAUUCUUUUCACUAACUAAUACUCAGAUGACAGGGGACCUCUUCUGUAGUUUCGCACUUGCUACAUGGAGUGUGAAAGAAGAGGUAAUGAUUAAUUUUAGGGACAAAAUUCUGUAGGUCAAGGUCAUUCUACGAAAUAGGAUACUGCAUAAUAUUAUACAUUUUACAUGUUGUUGACAUCAUAUAAACUGCAUUAUUCCAUUCUGCUUGAGAUAUUGAAUAGUGGUUCAAAAGAUUAUUCAUGGCAAGGAGGCGUCCAUCUUUGCGUAGCCAAAGUUCUUAUAGAAGUCCUGGCUCUUCAUAACUCAUGGGAACCGAAGAUUCAUGUAAGCUGUUAUGAUCAAAAGUUCUUCGUCGUCAUUUUCAAUAUCUCUCGAACCAUUGAGCUGUUUUCAAUGAAACUUGCAACAAAGCAUUCUCAGGUAGUGAAAUUCAAUCUUCCUUCCAAGUUUCUUUAAAUCAUCAUCCCCAAGGCCAAGAUGGGACCACAACAACAGUAAUUCAAAGUCAUAUAUAUAAUCGUAUAUAUAAUUCUUUAAAAUUCGUACCGAUAAGAACAUAGGUUCAAUUUAACAAAUUAACAGCCAAAUGGCCCACAUAAUCACGUAGAUUAAAGUUUGUUCUCAUCUUGACCUCCAGGGUCAGGACGAGGUCACAUUGGAGAAUAUAUGUUAUAUUUUUAAUUGUAAAUGUCAUCCUGUAGUUUACGUUCAAGUUUGUGCACAUCAUGAACCCCUGCUGCAUCAGAACAGAAAUUCAAAGUUUAAUAUACCAUGUAUGUGGAUUUAGAAUUGUUCUCCUAAGGGGGGGGGGGGGGGGGGGGCUCACAAUAGCGCUUUUGAGUUUACAAUGGAGUAUUUACAGUAAUCUAACAUUUGAUACAAUUCAUGAAAAUGACAAUCAAACACUCUUACCCAUGUAGAGUCAAUCGUAAUUACUCAGCUAUUUCCGUAACCGCAAAUAAACCGGUUACGGAAAAGGACAAGCGCGUGAUUCGAUUGAUGUUGAGUAUAUGGUGGCCCGCUAUUAGGACUUGGCUUCUCAAUUGUUCAGUCAUCACUAGUGUUCCAAUAAGAGAUGACUCGGGUGAGCGUUGUGACCCACGAGCCUCUUGUGUUAUGCUGUGUUCAGUAAAAUAUUUUUGUUAAUUCCAGAGAUCAAAUUAACACUAUUUUUUUUUUAGUGUGUUGUAUUGUAUGAUUUUGGUAUCAAACUUUUGUGCCGAAAGUUGUUAAUAAAAUUAUACUUUAUAAUAA